AAAAAACACGAAGAAUGAAUAAUAUACGUCGUUUUGUUCGCCCUAAACUGUCAUUCGCUUAUUUAGAUGAUAAGAAAGUAAGAGUUUUCCACUUAGAAGUGUGAGCAUUUAAGACGAUGUAGGAAGCCAUUAAUUGAGAGAUAUUUGGCCAAAGUAUAGAUUACGUAGCUAGAUUACGCACCUCAAAGAUUCAAAUCUUAGAUCCGUUUUACUCAUCUCCAUUCCAAGGAGCUAGACGACAAAGAAGAUGAAGACAUCGUAAAUGAAUAAGAUCAAAAGUAACCCUCGUCACCUAGCAACGGCUGACAGCUGAAGCACACCGUGAAUAUUGGGUUGGAGUGCAUAUCGUCAAAGUUGAAUAAUCGCAUUGUUUCUCGAGUAAACGAAGAAGAAAUAAAAAUCUACAGGCAAGGAGAUCUUGAGAAGCAAUCUUGAAUUUACAGCGGAAAGUACGAAAGCGUAGGAAUCUGAAGUCAUUCGAAACAGCUAAAAUAAGCAAUGGAGAUUGUGAGCGUUAUUUUCGCAGUCUUAUUCCAGUUUCUUUCAAGUUUACCAAUCUCAGAAUCAAAACCAAUCUGCCCGAAAGAAUGGAAAGCUGUAAAUAAUUCGUCCUGUAUUCACGUCUCGAAUAUAACCGUGAGUUGGAAAGACGCAAGGAAUAAAUGCAACAGCAUGGGAAAUAGUACACUCGUCAGCGUCAACAACCAAGACAUGAAUAGCCAGAUUGUGGACAUUCUUAAAAAUAUCACUAAUGGUUCAAAUGCAGAGUUCUAUAUUGGGCUGUCUAUAAAAGAGUCGAAUGGGCAAUUUAAGUGGGAAGAUGAAACAGCUUAUAAUUAUUCAAACUGGCGACAUCCUAAUGUAACCAACGUGACUUUUCCAUCGAAUGAGAGCGUUUUGUGCGGGUUCUAUGAAGCUGAUUUUAAGUGGUUGCUGAAGACUUGUGGGAAAGAAAGAAGGUUUAUUUGUCAGAGUCGUUCCUAUUCCUGGACCACUCCAGGUACAACAACUAGGACACCAUCGAACGCAACCAUUCCGACAAGGCAGCCUACAUCUUCACCAAGGAAUAAUUCAGGGCCCUCAGGUACAACAACUAGUGCACCAUCGAACACAACCAGACCGACAAAGCGGCCUACAUCUACACCAAGGAAUAACUCAAGGCCCUCAGGUACAACAAAUAGAGCACCAUCGAACGCAACCACUCCGACAAGGCAGCCUACAUCUUCACCAAGGAAUAAUUCAAGGCCCUCAGGUACAACAACUAGUGCACCAUCGAACGCAACCACUCCGACAACGCAGCCUUUAUCUUCACCAAGGAAUAAUUCAGGGCCCUCAGGUACAACAACUAGAACACCAUUGAUCGCAACCACUUCGAUAGGGCAGCCUUCAUCUUCACCAACGAAUAAUUCAAGGCCCUCAGAAGACAUAAUCAAGCCGAAUAUGAAGAUUGAAGAGAUUUUAGAUCUCGUGAAAGAAAUUGAAAGAGAAGGAAAAGAAUCUAUUAACCGUAUCAAGAAGGAUGGUAAUGUCAAUGAAACGAAGUCCGUUUCGUUAAGGAACUCGACACAAUUAGUGGCUGUGGUAGCGGUUGUUCCUACCAAUGGGGCCUCUUCACUGAAAUUUCCAUCAGACGACAGCCUUGAUGGAAACAUUAUGCUGCCAAACUCUGUCUUUAAUAUCGCCAAGAAGACCGAAAAUAAUUCUGAUGCGGUCGGAAUCACGUCGGUAUUUUUGAAAGGACUUGGGAAAACGAAAAAUGACAUUCUGAAUUCUGGAAUAAUUUCUACUAAGGUUGACGUGCCCCCUGGAGUAAUGGAUAACCUAAAAGACCCUGUGGUUAUAUCUCUACCACACGGAAAGCCAUUGCAAGCUGGUGAAAAUUCAAGUUGUGCCUUCAUCGACGUCAGUGCUUUAAAAUGGUCCACAAAAGGAUGUCGUGUCUUCAGUUCAAACACAACCUUCACUGUUUGCCAUUGUUCACAUUUAACAAGCUUUGCUGUUCUUCUGGAUGUCCAUGGCACACAUGAUGACAUACCCGAAAAGCACAAGUUUGCAUUGUUGAUCGUUUCCAUCGUUGGUUGCUGUAUUGCUCUUGUGUGCUUCGUAGCAGCACUCAUUGCAUUUUAUCUGGUAGUCUCGGAACGACGAAGGAGAAAAACAGAAACAGUUGCCAUACACAAGAACCUCGCGAUAGCAGAGAUUUUUGCUCUAGUUUUCUUCCUUGCUGCUUACGUUGCCGUUGAUUUAAAGGAAGUGUGUUUCGGAGUGGCCUUCUUACUUCACUACUUCCUGAUGGCCGUGUUUUUCKGGAUGCUCAUUGAAGGUAUCAACCUCCACCGUGGCUUGGUUCAAGUCUUUGUAACAUCCAGUCGUAUAAAAUUCUACAAGGUGUUAGGAUGGGUCACACCAUUGUUAUUCGUGGUCCCUACAGCCGCAGUUGGUGGAAUGGAUUACGCGCGAGAAGACUUCUGUUGGAUUUCUCAAAGAUUUAUCUGGGUGUUCGCUGGACCUGUCGCCUUCAUCAYUUUUGUUAACUUCAUCAUUCUGUGCAUCGCCAUUCGUGUGAUGAUCAAGAGACCGAGAUACAAGAUGAACAAAAUAGACGACGCAAACAAAUCGAACCUGGAACAUGAGUUAAGGUCAACAAAACCGUUUCUCAACUAAUUCGCAACUGUCGCAACAGAUUUCCCGUUGUCAGAGCUACUUCAAACACUUCUACUCGAGUCAAGUCGUACUUCAGCCGAACCAUGUCCCAUACUGGCCAAUCAGGUAGCGCGAGUAUGUCAUCAUCUAACUCCACCAAACGAACCAGURCCUACUGCAACGCUUCAUUCGAUGCUGGUCGHGUCUUUGAGAUGCCUUCUUGUAAGUCUGAGAUGAAUAGGAACAAGAUAACUGUCGAUUCAAAGGACCCUACCACCGAUACCAAUGCUGGUAUUAUGGCCAAUGGGAAUCCCCCUAAUGGAGUCACCCAAAGCCCCGCUGAAGAUGUCACCAAGCAAGACAACACCAAUGCAGUUCUUAAGGUUCCCCUACAAGUUAAGAAUUCCGGUGUGGGUUUUGAUGCCUAUUUUGGGACUGAAAARCUGUCUUUUGAGCAACUUGAAAAAAACAGCGUCCGCCAAGACACGGGAUCUCCAAACCAGAGGUUUUUCCGAAGAGCAAGAUCUGUCAUAGUAAAACUGUCAUCCAAUGAUUCACAUCCUAAGCGGGCAAACUCUCUAAGCGAACAUAUUGGAAGACGGAGACCUUUGUCUAAGCAAACCUCAAGUGACAGCAGCUAUAGUGGAAAUAGCAACACCCAUACUGUUCAGUGGUUGUUGAUAAACAGAAUACACGAGAACUAUAGACAAACCGGAUGAUGUAGAUGGCUGGGAAUGGGAAAAGUAUGUUGAACUAUAGAAAUUCAUGGAAAGGCAUGCCUACUUUUCCCUUCUCCAGAAAUCCUUUACGACAAGUUUUCGUUCAUUUUUGUAAACAUCUUUACGAGUUUUGUCCAGUAAACCGUGAAAGACAUCAGAAUCAAAGCCGGCUACGACGUCGCGCUUAGCCCAGGCUAAACUACCAUUCCAUGGUCAUUAAAUUAAGAGUAUAAUCUAAAUUUUUACUAUAAAUCAAAGUCUCGACGAAUUUAAGUCGCCUCUAAAACUCCCAUUUCCAUUCCUAAUUGCAAAACAAAAGUUUGUGAUAUAACUUUGAUUCGAUUCGAGACAACUUGCAAAUAUUAUAAGCCUUUGCAGGACACUUGAUUAUCAGAAUAACGAGACAAGUUACGUGGAAACAUUCCCUGCGUAAAACCACUCUUAGAUGGAUAUUUCCCUGCGCCACGUUGAAAGGUAGCCGUGCCUUUCAAGAUGGCGCAGGGAUCUAUGAAAGGGAUUAUUGCGAGACAAGUUGUAAGUAAAAUUCCCUGGUGUAAAAUCACUUUUAAAUUAAUAUUUCAGUCUCGGCUGUGGUUUAAAAAAUCCUCCGAGUUCGCGAAAACUGUAACUUUACAUACGACACUGACCAAGGACCUACACCCUUGUAUAUAUAGUAUUUAUGAUAGCAUAAGAUCGGACUAAGUUAUUUCGGAUAAACAUUUAAUGGAAAAUGCAUGGCUGUUAAUCAUAUCAAGUCGCGGGUAGGCUUAUAUUGAUGUGCCAUUUUCUUAUUAUUUGAAACGAUAUUUCAUGUUAUUAUAUUAGUAAGAGUCAAGUUCAUAUUCCUGUUUGGAGUUAGUUCAUCAAGGUGCAUUGUGGUCUAGCUUGGGUCCAAAUGAGUUCUCUUAACCCAGGCUGGACUAAAAUGUUAUGAAAAUUGACCAAUAAGACGAGGUUAUCUAAGGGACUCUAACAAUAGUUAGAAUUUUGGAUUUUAAAUAACUGAUUUAAUGUAACGUUUGUACUAUUAAGGUGUCUCCGAGAUUGAUAACAUUCAGUUUAUUCGAGAGAGCGCCUCACCUAGYUGUAGAUAGUACCAGAAAUCACUGAAUAUUAAAUAAAAAAAGUUAUAGAAAAUGACA